AUGUGGAAAAGUAUCAUACCCAGGGUAUCAACUAAAAGUAAUACCAUCUUUAAUCGAUGUUAUCAAUUGCCGGCCAUCAAUAGGAAAAUUAUACCGGUAUAUCCUCCUGUGGAACCUAGGUCGUACGCAAGCAAGGAUGGAUCAUUGUUAGAUAAAUUGGCGAAGCUAGAUGUGGAAAAUACAUUGGAUCCUCAAGGUUGGAGGCGAACUUUAUUAGAGAAAUCGUCGAAGAAUAGUAUCAAAGCUGGUGAUAUAGUUAGGGUCACUUAUGAUUCCAAAAAAUCUGAUAAUGAUAAUUUUGUUGGAUAUGUCUUAUCUGUCGAUAGGAAAAGGUUUAUACAAGAUAGUUCGUUAUUGUUGAGAAAUCAAAUUGGUAAAACUUAUGUGGAAUUGAGAGUACCCUUGUUUUCUCCAUUGAUUGAAAGAAUCGAUCUAUUAAGACAAAAUAAAGGUCUUAGAAAGAGGAACAAGCAUUAUUAUAUCAGAAAUACUAGAUUGGAUGUCCAUGAUUUGGAAGCUGGUUUAAGACGAAAGAAAUAA